UCUACGUCACUGUCGGCGCGCAGACAAGAGAUGGACACAAACAGGAAAGCAAAGCUUGAGUUUGCAGUACAGAUGUCGUGUGACGGCUGUGUAAAAGCAGUGAAGGGUGUCUUGGAGAAAGAGCCAGGUGUGCAGUCAGUGCACAUAGACUUGGCUAAGGAGGAAGUGUUGGUUGAAACUGAACUCACCUCUCUGCAGGUCCAGAACCUCAUUGAAAGCACAGGCAAAAGAGCUGUGCUGAAGGGAAUGGGCAGCUCAGAAACAGACUUGGGCACUGCCGUGGCGAUGUUGAGUGGGGCGGGGCUAGUGCAGGGCAUUGUCCAUUUCCUGCAACUAUCACAGGAUCGUUGUUUGAUUGACGGGACGAUUGAUGGGCUGGCACCUGGAGCGCACGGCCUGCAUGUGCAUGAACUGGGGGACCUCACACAGGAUUGCAUAAGCUGUGGAGAUCACUUCAACCCUUUCAGGAAACUGCAUGGAGCUCCUCAAGACUCAGAGAGGCAUGUGGGAGAUCUGGGAAAUAUCAGAGCUGGUCCUGAUGGCAGAGCUUCAUUCAGAUUAGAAGACACUCAGAUAAAGGUGUGGGAUGUGAUUGGUCGAUCUCUAGUGGUAGAUUCAGGAGAGGAUGAUUUGGGCCGUGGGAGUCACCCACUGUCCAAAAUAACAGGAAAUUCAGGAGAAAGGCUGGCAUGUGGAAUCAUUGCACGCUCUGCCGGGUUGUUUCAGAAUCCCAAACAGAUUUGUGCCUGUGACGGUGUCACUCUGUGGGAGGAGAGAGAUCGGCCGAUAGCUGGGAAAGGACGUAAAGUCACUGACGCACCAGCAGCUAAUUUGUAAUUGGGUGAGGAUGUGACCUUCCAACGUGUUAAGGACUGCAGAUGGAUGUGAGCUGCACAGAAGGAAGGAAGGAAGGAACGAAGGAACGAACGAACGAAAGGAAGAUGAUCAAAGAAAAACCAAAAUGUGCCUGUUUGAAGCUGCCCAGAAUGUCCAUUCAAGUUGUAGCAUGUAAGAUCGAGCCAGUUCUUGAAGUUCAGAUACUCACUUGACACAAAUACAAUAUCAAGCCGUGUAUAAAUAUGUAAAUUGAUUGUGUGAAUGCACCCUGUUCUCACCAGUUUCUCUUAAAUCAUCACAGUAAUUCUGUUCUUAAGUGUCUGAUAUUACAUACUCUAGCUUAAACUAAAGCGGUCAUUCUCACAAGAUGUAAAGGACUGCUUUUUUUAGCCAUAUGAAAUUAUAAAAUAUUUCAAGUCUUCAAAGUCAUGCUGUCAUCAAAAUAACUGUUGCUGACAUAUGUAAUUGAACUCAAUUAUGAAGUCUACCAUACAACUGAAGAUAUCUAAAAUCUGUGAAUAUCUGACCUUAAAGGAACAGUUCACCCUAAAAUGAAAAUGUUCUCAUCAUUUACUCACCCUCAUGCCAUCCCAGAUGUGUGACUUAUUGUCUUCUGCAGAACUCAGAAGAAGAUUUUUAGAAGAGUAUCUCAUCUCUGUAGGUCCAUAUAAUGCAAGUGAGUGGUGGUUAGAACGUUGAAACUCCAAAAAUGGCAUAAAGGAAAGAUAAAAGUAAUCAACACCACUCCAGUAAUCCAUGUCUUCUGAAGCAAUAUGAUAGCUGUGGGUGAGAAAUAGAUACAUAUUUGAUCUGAAAAAAAAGACUUUUUAUUUUAUUAUAAACCAAUUUCAAACUAGCCCUCCUAUGCAUGUUCACAAGAUUAUCAAGUUAAUCUUCUUGUGUUUUUGCCGAUUUGCAUUCUUUGUGCAUAUCGCCACCUACGGGGCAGCAAGUAGAAUAAAAAAAGAAGGGAAGGAUUAAAGAAAAGAAAUUAAUAAAUAAAUAACACAGUAUUUGCACAGCAGCCCAGUAGGUGGUGAUUUCAGUAUGCAUGAAGAAUGCAAAUCUGCAAAAACAGAAGAAGAACUCUUGUGAACGCACGCCCUUGGAGAAAAUUAGGCCUUUGCCACUCAUAAUCUGUCCCUGCCCACACCUAUCAUAUCACUUCUGAAGACAUGGAUUUAACCACUGGAGUCAUGUGGAUUACUUUUAUGCUGCCUUUAUAUGCAUUUUGGAGCUUCAAAUUUCUGAUCACCAUUCACUUACAUUGUAUGGACCUACAGAGCUGAGAUAUUCUUCUAAAAAUCUUCAUUUGUGUUCAGCAGAAGAAAGUCAUUCACAUCUGGGAUGGCAUGAGGGUGUCAUAUGUCAUUUUUCUGUCAUAUAUAAUUGUUGUGAUUGUUAUACAGAGAAUGGUAUUUUUUAUUUUUUAAAUAAAAUGAACU